AUGUCCCUGCACGGCAAACGGAAGGAGAUCUAUAAGUAUGAGGCGCCCUGGACCGUCUACGCCAUGAACUGGAGCGUGCGUCCUGACAAGCGCUUUCGCCUGGCGCUGGGCAGCUUCGUGGAGGAGUACAACAACAAGGUUCAGCUUGUUGGUUUAGAUGAAGAGAGUUCGGAGUUUAUUUGCCGAAACACCUUUGACCACCCAUACCCCACCACAAAGCUCAUGUGGAUCCCGGACACAAAAGGCGUGUAUCCGGACCUACUGGCAACAAGUGGUGACUAUCUCCGUGUGUGGAGGGUUGGUGAGACGGAGACCAGGCUGGAAUGUUUGCUAAAUAAUAACAAAAACUCAGAUUUCUGUGCUCCUCUGACCUCCUUUGACUGGAAUGAAGUGGAUCCUUAUCUUUUAGGUACCUCCAGCAUUGAUACAACCUGUACCAUCUGGGGGCUGGAGACAGGACAGGUGUUGGGGCGAGUGAAUCUCGUGUCUGGCCAUGUGAAGACCCAGCUGAUUGCCCAUGAUAAAGAGGUCUAUGAUAUUGCAUUUAGCCGGGCUGGCGGUGGUAGGGACAUGUUUGCCUCUGUGGGUGCUGACGGCUCAGUGCGGAUGUUUGACCUCCGCCAUCUAGAACACAGCACCAUCAUUUAUGAAGACCCACAGCAUCACCCACUGCUUCGCCUCUGUUGGAACAAGCAGGACCCUAACUACCUGGCCACGAUGGCCAUGGAUGGAAUGGAGGUAGUGAUUCUGGAUGUCCGAGUUCCGUGCACGCCUGUCGCAAGGUUAAACAACCACCGAGCAUGCGUCAAUGGCAUUGCGUGGGCCCCACAUUCAUCCUGCCACAUUUGCACUGCAGCGGAUGACCAUCAGGCUCUCAUCUGGGACAUUCAGCAAAUGCCCCGGGCCAUCGAGGACCCUAUCCUGGCAUACACAGCUGAGGGAGAGAUCAACAACGUGCAGUGGGCAUCCACUCAGCCUGACUGGAUCGCCAUCUGCUACAACAACUGCCUGGAGAUACUCAGAGUGUAG